CAUCAGUUUGUUUCAGAAUGACUGGAACUACUACGAUAUUGUAUGGUUGUACCGUUUUCUCUUCUGUUGCUAUUUUAGCAGCACUUCUCUUCACCACGUUCAUGUACAAUGAUUUGUAUGAUUUCCAUAGUGAAGUUGAAGAAGAAUUAUAUGGAUUCAAGGAUAUCUACAAUGAUGCGUGGUUCUUAAUGACCAAAACUGCUUCCACCAAGUUCUCGUCUACAGAAUCAUCUUCUGAAAUGGAUCGUAUUUUCAAGAGAAACUCUGACUCAUGCAACUGUGGUGCUAAAGCUUCAAAUUGUCCACGUGGACCUCCAGGACCACCAGGAGAGCCUGGAGAGAAUGGAACUGAUGGACAAGCCGGGCAGGAUGGACAAGAUGGUAAUACUCCAUCGGAAGAGUAUGGAAAUUCUCAGGAUGGAUCAACAUCUACGUGUCCAGCAGGUCCCCCAGGUGAACAGGGACCUGAUGGUGCACCAGGUGAAGCUGGAAGAGAUGGACAACCAGGUAGUGACGGACAAUCUGGAAAUGAAGGACCAACUGGACCACGUGGAUCACCAGGAAACAAAGGAAGAGAUGGGAAUCCUGGAAGAGACGGAAGUCCUGGAAGACCAGGAAGGGAUGGAACUCGUGGUGUUGGACAGCCAGGUUCUCCAGGGCAACCAGGAUCCCGAGGACCAGAAGGGCCAAGAGGCCAACCAGGAAAUAUGGGAAGACCCGGAGAAUAUGGAGACGCUGGACCAGCUGGACAACCUGGAAAUGAUGGGGAACAGGGACCGGAUGGAGUGGUCGGAAUCCCUGGUGAGCCAGGUCUUCCUGGAUCAGAUGCUUCGUAUUGUCAAUGUCCAGAUCGUACCCCAACUGUGGAAAAAACGUCCGCAGGUGGUUAUAAAGUACGCCGCCGUCUUGUCAAACAUGCUAACUGAUGAGCCAACUAGCUGUUUCUUUUUUGUUUCGAAUGAAUUUUCUUUUUUCCUCUUUCUCUCUUCUUGUGUCCCUUGUUGCAUGUGUUGAUUGGGUCCAGAUGUGUCUGCAAUGUGCGUGUAAUUUUUUUAGAAUUUUUAAAAUAUAAACUAUUAAGAAAAGAACCCUUAUUAAAUGGUAAUAAACAAUUGAAAUGUUUCUCA